GCCCUCCUCAGCGGAGUUUGACAGCUUUGCUAUGAAGGAGAGAAACUUCUCCAAAACAGGUUACUUAACCAGCCGCGUUACGAGAACUUACUGAACAACACCCACAGCGCGCAGAUAAGCGGUUUGGGGGACACGAGGACUGCUAACUGCCCGUCAUAACCAUUUUAACACGUUUUAAAUCGCUUUAUUGCAGCUUUCUGGACCAGGUUCAGCGUUGUUCAGCGGUGAACCCCGAGGUACACAGAUCUACACUCCGUGAGCGCGGACUGCAGCAGCUGACGCCCGGUACACAGAGCUGCAUGUGUUCAGAGUGAGGAUGUGACCUGGUGUGUUAUGUUGUGAAAUGAAGGCCUGAACUAGAGUCCAGAUUAACCUAAAGACUACAGAGCGACUUUAACCUCUCAUAGCGCGCUUUAAGAGAAGAAGAUAAACUCAGCAUGUUUCCCCUCGACUCGCCCUGGAAUAUCUCCUUCGCCGGCUGUGGGUUUCUGGGUAUUUACCAUGUGGGGGUCGCCAGCUGUCUGCAGGAACAGGCGCCCUUUCUGGUGGAGAACGCCCGGCACAUCUAUGGAGCCUCGGCCGGAGCCCUGACCGCCUCUGCCCUGGUCAGCGGAGCCUGUAUGGGGGAGGUCGGGGCAAGCAACAUUGAUGUAGCAAAGGAAGCAAGGAAGCGGUUUCUUGGGCCAAUGCAUCCCUCCUUUAACCUGGUGAAGACUUUGCGAAUCCUGCUGCACCGUUUACUGCCCCCUGAUGCUUAUAAGAAAGCCACAGGCAGACUGGGUAUCUCCCUGACCCGCGUUACAGAUGGGGAGAAUGUACUAGUGACCCACUUCAACAGCAAUGAGGAACUGGUGCAGGCAUGUGUUUGCAGUGCAUACAUUCCAGUGUACUGUGGCCUUAUACCUCCGACCCUGCAGGGAGUGCGGUAUGUGGAUGGUGGAAUCAGUGAUAAUUUGCCUCAGUAUGAGCUGAAGAACACCAUCACAAUUUCUCCGUUCUCUGGGGAGAGUGAUAUCUGCCCACGAGACACCAGCUCCACCAACCUGCACGAGCUCCGAUUUACCAACACCUCCAUCCAGUUCACACUUUCCAACCUGUACAGAGUCACCAGAGCACUGUUUCCUCCUGACCCACUGGUGAUGAAGACCAUGUGCAAGCAAGGAUACAAAGAUGCACUGCAUUUUCUAAAGAUAAACGGUUUGUUACAGUACCGGCGGCCACACCGUCCUUUGGGGAACGGGGCUGUAAUGGGUGAGGAAGACUCUGAUAAUGAGGAUGAAGAGGAAAGGCAUACAAGAGAAGGGGAGCUACACCAUGAUGCUCAUUCCAACAUAGAGGAACACAUCUUUGAACAUUUACCUCCACGACUGCACAGAGCUCUGGUGGAGGCCUGCAGAGAAAGACGUACCCUCCUGGAGUCUCUAAGUAAUAUGUUUCCUGUCAGGAUGCUGUCAACCAUCUUGAUCCCUUAUACCCUCCCACUGGAGUCAGCUGUCUCGAUGAGUAUCAGACUUUUGGAGUGGCUGCCUGAUGUACAGGAGGAUGUGGGCUGGAUUAAAGAUCAGACAGUGAAGCUGCUGCAAUAUGUUGUACAAAAUGCUGGGAGGAGUGUAUCCCAACAGAUGUCUGCACGAUUUUCCUAUCAGCUGGAGUUGAAACACGCUCAGUCUGCACCGGCUUCAUUCAGUGCUGCCAACUUGCUGCCAGGCUGGGUAUAUGGGGGCAGCUCGUCUGUGCUGGAUGCCUUCCAGCGUGUGGACCAGUACCAGCGGCAGCUGCUGCCGAACCUCUUCUGCCUUAACCUCAACCUACGUGGCUCUUUCAGUACUGGACCUUCUCAGACUACAGCCUCCACUCCACCACUCCCUAUUCAUGAAGAGACAGAUGAAGGUUUGAUCAUGGGUCCUUUGGGGAGUUCGAACCCCAUCAUGAUCAAGUAAAAUCUGUACUAACUGGAGGACUAUGCCUUGGCACAAUGCACCAUUCAGUACAUGGACUGUCUAGCUAUUGAACUUUUUGAGGACCCUGAGCCUCAACCAUUCUGAAAUAUACACACUCAGAAUUUCAAAUCACAGCAGGGGCAACAUGAGCAUCAAUACAAACAGGAAAAGAGUUGUAAUUAUUUAUUAGUUGACUACUUAUGAGCUGAACAGAACUGGAGACAAUAAGUUUUUUAUGUGUGAUGCCUGAUUUAAGCUGAAAUGUACACAGAUGAAUGACAUGCAUCAUAACUGUGCUAGAGACAUCUGUGUCUGUCAGUAGUGCUUAGCUGCGUCAUCCAUAGACAUGUCUGUGCAGACUGAGGCAAACACAGCCUGAGUUGUUUAUUACAAACUAACAUUAUUUGUUAUGACGGGUGUCAAAAAGUAAAGAGCAUUUGUUUAGCAUCUUCCUCACAAUGUGGCAAUGUUCACAUUAACAGGUCAAGUGCCUUAUUUGCCCUAUUUUGAAACCAAUUUUCAGGGCUUUGUGGACAACAUCACAUCAGAUUUUAAUUACUUUCAUAUGCGGUCCUAGAUGUGUGUCCCAUUUGUGGGCAUGCAUCAUAAAGUAGGGCGGUCAGAUCAUAUUUUAUGAAUCUGUUUGCCUGUACGCAGCGCUGUCCAGUGCUGCUGGGGAUACAAAUAUUUUAAUGUAUUUCCAAUGAAUAGUUUGUAAACUGUGACUUAGUAAUGCACAUCUCCAUAAUGAGUCCCUAAAGAGACGGCAUGUUGAACAUUACAAACACUCCCAAUCAUAUUUUAACCAGUCUUUAUUAGGUGUUCUGAUUUAGAGACAGGUUUGUUCACUUUACAAGCAGAUACAGGUCUACUGCAUUUAUGAAUAUGAUCUGCCAAAUUCGAUCUGGGCAAAAAAAUCUAAAUUAGUCAGUGAGUCUUGUAAUGUGAACGUAGUCUCCUCGUGGUUCUUCAUGAGGUAGAGGCUCUACACUUUUGCUUGUAGCUCACCUGUAAACCUGAGAAUUGAACUCUGUACAUGAUCAAUAGGUUUAAAAUGUAAUGUAAUAUUGUACGUAUUAUGAUAGAUCAGGACGUACAUCAGACAUGUAAUAAUUUAUGUAAAUAAGUUUUCUUUUUAGGACGAGUGUUUGAAAAAAGAGGUGAAUGACAUGAGACAAAAACAACAGUUCAGUUCAGAUAAGAGUCUAAAACAUUGUUACUAUUUAGGCCUUUAGUCUUGAAAUGCCGACCAUUCCAGUAUAUCUGAGAUAUUUGUUAAGAAAGAGAUGUGUGGUUUAAUUGGUUUGCCAUGAUGUGGAUUCGAGUGUGUGUAAAAGAAAAAGCAUAAGAAAAUGUACAGGUGUUGCUCCACACCCUGAACUAAGCUCUCAGCUACUUGCUGUACUCAUAUAUAUAUAUAAGGAAGCAAACAGAGAAAUCUUAUCUGCUUGCAUCCAACACAUAACGAAGAGGAUGUUAAUGUAAUGUGAAAAGGCAGGAAGAGAGGAAGUUGAUGUAAGUUGACAUGAGCUACUGUAAAGAGUAGCUUGUAACAGAGUGUCUAUGUAACAGAGACUGUCUGAAGAGCAGUAUGUUUGUGGCGGACCACUCUGCAUCGUGCAGGUUAGGUUGGUUUGUUACUAUAAGUGUUGUUCAAUGCAAUGUUCAAUGCAAUGUUCAAAGCAUUCAUUGAUGUAUCAGGUACUGUACAAUUGUAUUACUGGAUCUCAACAGUUGUGUGGUCUGUUUCUUUUUUUUUUAUAUGUGAUUUGCAUGAAGUGAUAUAUAACACUGGACUACCUUUAUGUAUCAUAUUGCAAAUGUUAAGAAAGCGUAAAACCUACAA